AUCUGUACUUGGUUAACUUCUAAACUAUUUUCUUUUGUUAAUAAGUGAGCAUUAAGAUUUUCAAAGUCAAGCAUCAAAACAGGUUGCAUCUCUUGCUAGUCAAUAUAGGCAUGGCAUAUGGCAUGAGCUAUGAUGCAAUUGAAAGAAAGCUGCAAAUCAAUAUAUCAGUUCAUCUUCAGUUUAUUACUACCAUUAUCAUUAUUUUUUUGUUGACCAAAUUGUAAAAUUUUGAAUAGAAUCUUAAACAUUCUACAUCUCUUCUGUUCUUCCCAUAAAUAUGUAAGCUCAGCAGAAGCGGAGGAAAGGAAACCAUUCCAAUUCCCAGCAAACUUCAAACUUCCUUUUUAGUUCCAUAUACAUUAGUUAGUACCAUCUUCCAAAAGAUGGGUAAUUACUCAGAUGCCCACAUUUGCCAGUGCCUGAGCCGUCUGAUGACUCUCAGGCGAAACUCAACAGUCAUGAUUAACGUCGCCGCCGCAGAAGAAGGUGACUGCAGGAAAACCGGCAUGCAGUUCGCGGAGGGAGUGCUUAGAUUGGCCGACGGGCUUCUCCAACUGGGCCUCAAGCCCGGCCACGUCGUCGCCAUUGCUGCUCUCAACAGUGAUUCAUAUUUGGAGUGGUUACUGGCGGUUACAUAUGCAGGAGGGAUAGCAGCUCCUUUCAACUACCGCUGGAGCUUACAGGAGGCAAGAUUGGCAAUGAAUGAAGUGAAGCCUAUCAUGUUGGUGACUGAUAAAACCCAUGAUUACUGGCACUUCAAAUUGCAGACUGACUUAAGGUGGCAUGUUUCUAUGACCGCUCCUAACUUCAGCAGCCACGGUGAUGCAGUUUUGACAACAGAAUUGUUGAAGUCCAGUUCUCUGAACUCGGCCAGGCUUUUAUGCGCACCUAAUAAUGCAGCUCUGCUAUGCUUUACCUCAGGGACAUCUGGAAGGCCAAAGGGCGUUAUGCUAAGCCAUUCAGCUUUGAUUGUACAAUCCCUGGCUAAAUUAGCACUUGUUGGUUAUAGUGAGGAUGAUAUUUAUCUGCAUACAUCGCCUUUGUGCCACAUCGGAGGGAUAUCUUCAGCUCUGGCAAUGCUGAUGGUUGGAGGUUGCCAUGUUUUUAUACCCAAAUUCGAAGUCAAGUCGGCAAUUAGAGUCAUAGAACAACACCACGUUACCUCAUUUAUCACGGUACCAGCUAUGAUGGCUGAUUUAAUCUCUUCAGCUAGGACAACUCAAACUACCAAGAAUUUUGAGACAGUCGACAAAAUAUUAAAUGGAGCUGGAGGUCUUUUACCAGGACUUCUUGAAGGUGCCGUCAAAGUUUUCCCAAGAGCUAAACUAAUUUCAGCUUAUGGGAUGACAGAGGCAUGUUCUUCUUUAACCUUCAUGACCCUUUAUGAUCCAACCAUUGGGAGCUAUAAUCAGCACCGUCAAAUGAUAGAUAGUAAAACUUCCGAUUCAGUUCAGCAAUUUGCUGGAGUUUGUGUUGGAAAGCCUGCACCACAUGUAGAACUAAGAAUCAGUUCCAAUGGUUCUUCUCAAGUGGGGAAGAUAUUAACUAGGGGCCCCCAUGUAAUGCUUGGAUACUGGGGUCAAAUUCCAAGCAAGUCUUCCUCCCCAGCUGAUGAAGGUUGGUUUGACACCGGUGAUAUAGGACAGACAGAUGAUUGUGGUAACCUUUGGCUUAUAGGUCGCAACGGCAGUAGAAUCAAGAGCGGGGGAGAGAAUAUCUAUCCUGAAGAGGUUGAAGCUGUUAUAUUGCAACAUCCUGGUAUUUCCACAGUCAUUGUUGUUGGGCUCCCGGACUCUCGCUUGACGGAGAUGGUAGUUGCAUGUAUUCGACUAAAAGAUAACUGGCAAUGGGACGAAUUCAAUCCCUGCAAUGACAAAGAUCACUGCUUAUCCAAAGAAAUCCUACAGCAGUUUUGUAAAGAUAAGAACUUGACAGGAUUUAAAAUUCCCAGAAAUUUCAUUUUGUGGAGGACUCCAUUUCCAAUGACAACAACAGGAAAGUUGAGAAGAGAUGAAGUCAAGAAAGAAGCUAUGUCCCGUUGGGUAAAUGAAAAUGUUUUCUCCAGCGGGGUGUUGCUGUCCAGCAACCUGUAACUAUAUCAACACAGAAACUAACCUGCAACUCUUAGCAUGAGAUGUCUGAGCAAUCGGUCCAAGACUUUGCUAGAGACAAAUUAGAUUUAGCAAUGCACGAAAAGAAACAUAAAGUCAGUUAGUUGAACAUCUUGCUCAAUUUUUGUACCAUGAAACCUGGAUUUAGCCAUCGCAAAAAGGAAAGUAAGGGUACUGAUUGGCAUUUAAACAUGCUUCUGUACACUUACAGAAACUAGGAUAUAGCCGACACUGAGGACCAAUCCAGCAUAAUAUUGUCAAGAACAGGAGAAUUACUAUUUUGAAUGCAUCACUUCACCAUUCUAAGGA